AUGGAUUUUAUCACACGUUUUAAUAGAGCAUUGCGACACCAACGACACAAUGAGUUAGUUGCCGACCAUAUUGAUAUGGUCGAGCAACCUAAGAUUAAGACAAAUUGGCCUAUGGAAUAUCAAAUGGUCAGGGUGUACACCAAAAAAAAAUGGUUGGACUUUCAAAAUGAAAUGAGUGUGAGUCAUGGUUAUUAUGUGCAACAAGAAUCUAUGGUUGGUGAUUUAGUGGGUUACCAUGUCAUGAAUUUUCAAAGUGGUUCAUCUGCAAAGCCAAGGGUCCUCACACAUGACAAACUUGCAGACUACAUAUCGUGUAGUUGUAGUAAAUUUGAAUUUGAGGGUAUUCCAUGUAGGCAUAUGUUAGCAUUUUUCCGUAUCAACCAAGUGUUUCUACUGCCUAAUAAGUACAUACUCAACCGAUGGACAAGAAAUGCCAAGGUGGGGGCAAUCUAUGACUUUGGUACGCAAACUUCCAUCGACACUCCAGAUGCGAAGUUGAUGGCAAGGCACUCUAGGCUAUCCUAUAAAACUUCAAUAGUUAUUGAUGUUGCAUCUUUAACUGAUGAGGGGACAAACAUGUUGGAUGAUCAAUUCGAUUGUAUAUACAGUAAACUUCAAGAGCUUAACAUUAGCAGUAAAAAUGACAACUAA